CACACACACAAACACACACACACAGGGACUACCCACCAUAGGCUGUGAGCGAGUACGCGUGUGAGUGUGUGUAUGUUACAGCUGUUAAAUUAAUCCAAAGUUGAAGUUAGGAGUGAUAUAAAGACACCAUCGUCUUCAUCAUCAUUAUCAUCAUCAUCCUCAGUUCCAGUAGAAGUGUGUGUGGACGCUAGGCUGGCUCUUCCUGGGGUGUAAGGCACUGAGCGCCUGUCAGCAUGGACGCCCAACUACAAGGCCAGCAGCCACCAAUAGCUGUGUUUCAGCCACAGAAGCCGCUACAACCAGAGAUGGGAUACAACAGCUUAGCCAACUUUUACAUCGAGAAGAAGAUCGGACGUGGGCAGUUUAGCGAGGUCUACCGGGCCAAAUACUUGUUAGACAACACUUCAGUAGCUUUGAAAAAAGUUCAGAUAUUCGAUCUGAUGGAUGCCAAAGCCCGGCAAGAUUGCAUCAAAGAGAUAGAUCUCCUGAAGCAACUAAACCACCCCAACGUAAUUAAAUAUCACGCAUCAUUCAUUGAGGAGAACGAGCUAAAUAUAGUUCUGGAGCUGGCGGACGCCGGGGACCUCUCACGUAUGAUAAAGCAUUUUAAGAAACAGAGGAGGCUGAUCCCUGAGAAGACCGUGUGGAAGUACUUUGUUCAGCUGUGCAGCGCACUGGAGCACAUGCACUCACGACGUGUAAUGCACAGAGAUAUUAAACCAGCCAACGUCUUCAUCACCGCUACGGGAGUGGUGAAACUAGGCGACCUGGGUCUGGGCCGCUUCUUCAGCUCCAAAACCACCGCCGCACACUCUCUAGUGGGCACCCCUUAUUACAUGUCUCCCGAGAGGAUACACGAAAAUGGAUAUAACUUCAAAUCUGACAUCUGGUCGCUAGGCUGUCUGCUGUAUGAGAUGGCGGCUCUUCAGAGUCCAUUCUACGGGGACAAGAUGAACCUGUACUCGCUGUGUAAAAAGAUUGAGCAGUGCGACUACCCUCCUCUCCCGUCUGAUCACUACUCAGAAGAGCUGCGAAAGCUGGUAGAUAUGUGCAUCAAUCCGGAUCCGGAGAAGCGGCCUGACAUCACCUACGUGUACGAAAUCGCCAAGCACAUGCACGCUCUGACUCUGGCCAACUGAAUCCAUCCAUCCAUCCAUCCUCCUUCUGCUUCUCCUCUCUAAAGCCCACUUCUGGAUGAUGUUCGCCAGCCAUUUAAAAAAAAAAUCUUCUGUGGCUCAUUGGUUCAUGUUACAGUCAUAUGAUUGCUUCAUUACUGCGAGAAGCUUUAAUCCAAACAUGUGCAGGGUGACUUUAACAUCAUUAUCAACUAUUAAUUCUACUUCUGUGUGUAACGCAGAAGCCGAGUCACAGUAAGCGUAAUUAACACACACACACACACACACACAACUUCAAACCAAAGAUCAGAUAUGAGUAUAAAAUGUAGUGCAUAAACCUUAAAAAUGCACAAAACGGUUCUAAACGUUUUUUUUUUUUAUCCGUAUUUGUCUUGCACACAAAGGAAUACCGAAGCCUAAAGUGUCUUGCUGUUCUGUGUGUUUUUUUUUUGGAUAGUGGUACAGAUGCUGCAACACCCCUGAUUGUUGAAUGUAAUGGCUUUUUUUUUCUAUCUGAAACGAAACCAAGCGUCUCAUGACACUCCUUCAGAAACCCUACAAAAAGACCGAAUGUCUCUCUUGGUUUAUAUAAAAAUAAUCUCAUGUUCACCUGAAAACUCUUCCCUGAUUCAGUGGCUUAAAUUGUGUUUUGUAGUUCUAUUAAAAGAGAAUGAAGUCACGGUGUACAUGUUGCAGGUUGCAUGUGCUUUCUGACUAAUCCAGUGCCUUCAGCCUUAAAGGAACAAGGGAACAAACUAGGUGUGAGUUUGUCGUAUAUAUUCUCCUUCACAAGACCGGCUAGUUCUGUACAAGACUUCUGUCUGCAUCAAUCCCCGGAUACCUUUUAUUACUAUAAAAAAAAAAAAUUAAGCCUUUUAUAUCAUUUUUGAAUGAAACAGCUGUCUCACUGAAGCUAGCGUCAGGAGUGUGGAAUUCUUCUGAUGCCGUUAUGGACAAGGACUGAUGAAGGAACAUGAAUUAAAAGUCUAUCAGCUUGACGAUCUUUACGCUGAUGAUCAUAUGGCGAACGCACUUUGCGUCUCUUCAGCUAAGAUGUAUGACAGACACUGUGUUGCCGGGCUGAACCUCGACGCAAUAAAUUGCGCGAAGUGCCUUUUCUCACCUACACCAAACCCAGCCUUGUUCAGUCUGCUUGGCCUGCAGUACCUGAUCAGAUGAAAUCUCUUUUCAACCUAAUUAGUUUACUGUUGAGGUAUUUUUUUGAGGUGUUUUAGGUUUUUUUUUCCAUCAGGGGUUUGUUUGGGUUCCUUUUUAAGCUCAUAUGUUCAUAUAUAUAAAAUAUAUGCUGAGCUCCGUAGGAGGUUUAUUCACAGAUCGGUCGAUUUGCACGUCUCGCUUAAAGAGAACUUGUCCUUCUUACACACAGCAAGUUACUCCAUUUCUCCCAUUUGUCCGCCCAGACACAUGUCUUACGACUCUCUCGCCUCCACUACGGUUCCACGAUCCUCCGAGUUUCUUUACCUUUCUAACAGCUUUUUUGUACUGAACCUUUAGCAUCUACAGAAUGAUUGAUUUGCUGUGAUAGUAUCCGUGUAAAAUGUUUUAAAGAGUAGUCAUUUUAAGUGUUUACUUUUUGUUUGUUAUUAUUUAGCUAUAAUCGGUUUAUUCCUCCUUUUUUUCUUCCUUAUCAUGUUAACACAAUAACAGUUGCCUCCUGUUGCCUCUUAGAAGCAUAUUUAUCUUGAUAUAAAACUCAGAGACAGUGAGGGAUCAGGGUGAAGCAUCGUCUCACAGAAGAGCUGAGGCGUGUAUGUAUGCGUGUAUGCGUUUAUUGGCAGCGCUUAACGAUGAUGUGUUUACAUAUGAAGCCUUUGCAAAACUUGACAGAGAAUGUGCUGUGGACGAUAAAGCGCCGGGGCAUGUUCACUAGCGCAUGGGGUUGUGGGUAAUCUAUAUACAAGCCAAGUACACCAUGGAAAGGAGAAGGUCCAGUCUGCUCGCUGGGGAAAGGACGUCACGCUGUUGUCCGGCGCUGCUGAACGUGUCUCGGUGCUUCACUCUCUCUGCUUUCACCCAAAAUCUUUUUUGGGGUGGGGGGAGGGGCAAGGGGCAGAAAACCCGCCUGUUUAUUUAUUUAUCAUCUUUGUUGUUUUGAUGUUCUUGAUGUCUAACUCAAGAUUACAUCUUUUCAUGUUAACUGAAAGCGAAAUAAAACAGAACUUCUUUUAUCGCACGAUAGCUGGUGGAUUAUUUAGCGUUAAUCUGAUCUGGUGUUUGUGUGAAGCUGAAGUUGUGUAAGAAGGUCACACCUUCUCCUGGAAAAGAAAGGUGAUGUAUUGCUCACACAUCUCACCUCAGCAUGCUGCUCUGUCGUUCAUUCCCCCAUUCCACUGUGUUUAUUUGGAUCCUUUUGACAAGCGCCUCCUGCUAGCCCCAGAGCGUUAUCCUGCGUAUGCCGUAGCGGUGCCACACCCGUGGGAGUUCGUUUAGAUCAUUUCCCCUUUGGCCUGACGGAGGCGUGGCACCCCAGAGCUCUCAUUUUAAUGAAUUCCAGGGGAGUACAGUUCAAUUUCAUCAAGGGAAAUUGCUCCCCUGGAACAAGAUUCGAACCGAAAACAAACAAAUCUAAGUGGAGGAAUUGAUCUGGUGCUGGUUUGGGGCUGUGGCAGGUUCUUCACUUCCUCCUAACACACUGAACAUGAAUAUGGGCUGUACACUGAGGGAGUUUGGCAGAGUUUCAGCAGACAUAUUGUACGUUAUUGAGAUGUUUUCAGGUCCCUGAUAUACUCGGACGAGUUCCACACACCCAUCUAGUGGUAAGAAGUAAAGGUGCACGGAUUUGUUCACAUGAAACUAAAAGUGUUCAGAUACGAUUCGUGUCAUUUCAGCACAGCUAAUCUGCUAACUGAACACUGUUCUGAACAUAUUACAUAAUGCGGUUAUUUCAGUAAAUGCAGCUCCUUAUAUUUUCCUGUGAAGUAAUUAUCUAAUGUAUCUGUAAUAAAAUACUGGGACAAAAUGUUCGUUAUAAUGUUACGGCUUUCAUUUUAAUACGAUGAUGAUGUACGUUAUGAUGAUAAACGAUAUACGACCGUAUGUAUAAGUUUAGGUGAUUUUGGAGACGUUUUGGUGUAAGGAACGAGCAAAAUAAAGGGAUUUCUGUGA